AUGGCUGCAUGGCUGUGCCGGACACUGAUGCAGAGGAAUGGACGCUUGUUGCUGUCGUGCCCUAAAUCCGCGGGCCGAUUCUGCUCCAGGGGAUUGGGAAGCCCGUCUCCUGCCUCAGGGGCCCUCUCUGCCUUCCAGGACAAGCCUCGGACUGUGGAGGACCUGCCUAAUGUCAGCUUAUUGGAGCUCAUAUACAGGAUGAUGUUUCAGGGCUUCUACAACCGUUUACAUGAGCUACAGAUCUAUAACAAGCAGCGAUAUGGGCCCAUAUACAGAGAGGCACAGAAGACUGUGUCAGUGAACACUCCGAAGCUGCUUGAGGAAGUGCUGAGGAACGAUGAGAAGUUCCCCACCCGAGGAGACCUGUCCGUGUGGAAGGAAUAUCGGGAUAUGAGAGGAUACGGCUAUGGGCCUUUCACAGAGGAGGGGGAGAGGUGGUACAACCUGAGGGUGAUGCUGAACAAACGCAUGCUGCAUCCAAAGGACUCCUCACAGUACGGUGAUGUUAUCAAUGACGUGGUUACAGACUUCAUCAAGAGGCUCUCCUACCUCCGUCAGUGCAGCCCCAAAGAAGACUUGGUGCCUGACAUGAACAAUGAGCUCUAUCGAUUCUCACUAGAGGCUAUCGCCUCCAUACUGUUUGAGACAAGGCUUGGGUGUCUGGAAAAGGAAAUCCCUGCAGGUACUCAAGACUUCAUCAACUCCAUAGCCCUGAUGUUCUCCAACAACAUGGUUGCGUUUAUGAUGCCCAAGUGGAGUCGCAGUCUGCUGCCCUACUGGAGGCGCUACAUCGAAGGCUGGGAGGGCAUCUUCAGCUUUGGUAAACAGUUGAUUGACAAGAAGAUGGAGGUCAUCCAGCAGCGUGUGGAGAACAACCAGGAAGUGGAGGGAGAAUACCUAACAUACCUGCUGUCAAACACUCAGAUGAGCACCAAAGACGUGUAUGGCAGCAUCACUGAGCUCCUUUUAGCUGGGAUGGACACGACCUCCAAUACCCUCACAUGGACCUUUUACCUGUUGUCCAGGUACCCUCACACCCAGGACAGACUUUAUGAGGAAGUGUCCUCAAUGGUGCCAGCAGACCAGAUCCCCUCCGCUGCUGAGGUCACUCGGAUGCCGUAUUUAAAGGCUGUUAUCUGGGAGGCACUGAGGAUGUACCCUGUGGUUCCUGUGAACGCAAGGAUCAUUGCAGAGAAGAGUGUUGCUAUUGGUGGAUAUACAUUUCCAAAGAAAACCGCUUUCACGCUUUGCCACUACGCCAUCAGUCAUGACGAAGAGACAUUCCCAGAGCCGUUUACAUUUAAACCGGACAGAUGGCUACGUGACGGACGUGUGAGGCCCAACCCCUUUGCUUCCAUCCCUUUUGGCUUCGGAGUGAGGGGCUGUGUGGGUCGGAGGAUUGCUGAGCUAGAGAUGUAUAUGGUUGUGGUUCGGGUAAUCAGGCACUUUGAAAUCAAGCCGGACCCGACAAUGGGAGAUCUGAAAUGCAUCAACCGCACUGUUCUGGUACCGGAUCAACCACUCAGCCUUUACUUUGUGGACAGAUGAUGUGAAAAACACGGCUUAAUUCCCUUUUGCAGAUGUGUAUGAAUGCAAAUGUUACAGAUGAAAGAAAAAUGUGUUUUUGCUUUCAGAAGAAGAGAGCUUGUUUGACUCCUUUGCUAUGACAAAUGUAAGUACAGUGGCUUGCAAAAGUGUUCACCCCCUUGGCGUUUUUCAUGUUUUGUUGCCUCACAACCUGGAAGUAAAAUGAAUUGCUUGAGGGUUUGCAUCAUUGCAUUUACAGAACAUGCCUACAAGUUUGAAGAUGUGUGUUUUAAAUUUAUUGUGAAGCAAACAACAAAAAGGACAAAAUAACAGUAAACCUCAGCGUGCAUAACUAUUCACCCCCCUGAUGUCAGUACUUUGUAGAACCUUUUGCGGCAAUUACAGCUGCAAGUGGCUUUUGAUAAGUCUCUAUGAGCUUGCCACAUCUUGCCACUGGGAUUUUUGCCCAUUCCUCAUGGCAAAACGUCUCCAGCUCCUUGAUGUUGGAUGGUUUCCGCUUGUGAAAAGCAGUCUUCAAGUCAAACCAGAGAUUUUCAAUAGGAUUGAGGUCUGGGCUUUGACUAGGCCAUUCAAACACAACACAUUAUUCUGGUUAAACCAUUUGAGUGUUGCUUUAGCGGUAUGCUUCGGGUCAUUGUCCUGCUGGAAGGUGAACCUCCGUCCCAGUUUCAAAUCACAGGCAGACUGAAACAGGUUUUGCUCUAGAAUAUCCCUGUAUUUAGCACCAUCCAUCUUUCCCUCGACUCGGACCAGUUUCCCAGUCCCUGCUGCUGAAAAACAUGGUGUUCUUUGGGCGAUGGGAUGUGUUGGGUUUCUGCCAGACAUAGCGUUUCUCUUGGUGGCCGAAAAGUUCAAUUUUAGUCUCAUCUGACCAGGGCACCUUCCGCCAUACAUUUAGGGAGUCGGCCACAUGACUUUUGGCAAACUCAAAAUGUGCCUUCUUAUUUUUAACACUAAGUAAUGGUUUUCUGGCCACUCUUCCAUAAAGCCCAGCUCUAUGGAGUGUACGGCUUAUUGUGAUCCUAUGCACAGAUACUCCAGUCUCUGCUGUUGAGCUCUGCAGCUCCUUCAGGGUGACUUUUGGUCUCUCUGUUGCCUCUGAUUAAUGCCCUCCUUGCCCGGUCUGUGAGUUUUGAUGGGCAGCCCUGUCUUGGCAAGUUUCUUGUGGUCCCAUGUUCUUUCCAGUUGAAGAUUAUGGAUUUGAUGGUGCUCCCGGGGAUCAUCAAGAAGUGGAUAUUUUUGGCCCCGGCCGUGGCGCGACUGGCUGGGGCACCUGCACCGUAUGCCGGCGACCCGGGUUCGAUUCCAGACCCGUGGUCCUUUCCGGAUCCCACCCCGACUCUCUCUCCCACUUUCCUGUCACUCUCCACUGUCCUGUCCGAUUAAAGGCAAAAAGCCCCUUAAAAAAAAAAGAAAAAGAAAAAAGAAGUGGAUAUUUUUUGUAACCCAACCCUGACUUGUAUGUCUCAAUAACUUUGUCCCUGACUUGUUUGGAGAGCUCCUUGGUCUUCAUGGUGUGAUGCCUCUUGCUUAGUGGUGUUGCAGCCUAUGGGGCCUUUCAGAAAGGGUGUGUUUAUACUGACAGAUCAUGUGACACUUAGAUUGCACACAGUCGGACUUCAUUUUGCUAAUUAUGUGGCUUCUGAAGGUAAUUGGUUGCACCAGAACUUUUUAGGGGCUUCAUAGCAAAGGGGGUGAAUACAUAUGCACAUCCCAAUGUUCAGUUUUUUAUUUAAAAAAAACAUUUUUUUAUAUAUAUUUUUCUCAGUUCACUUCACCAACUUAAACUAUUUUGUGCAGAUCCAUCACAUGCAAUUCAGAUUAAAAAAACGUUUAAAUUACUGGUUGUAAUGUAACAAAAUAGAUAAAAAGUCAAGGGGGUUGAAUACUUUUGCAAGGCACUGUAUAUCUAAAAAUCUGAUUUUGCAAUCUAAAUGCUCGAUUUCAUUUGCAGAACAAGUAAAAUAAAGUUACUUCCUAUUCAAUAAAUCCGAAACAACAA